GACGGCUACUGCGGCGGCGCCAGGGCCGGGGCUCAGAAGGGGAGAGUUGGUCGGGAAGCAGACAGCGCAGUGACAGAUACAGCUGCCGCUGGGGUUGUGGCGACGAUGGCGGAGGGGCCGGAAAAAGCCCAGGGCCGCCUUCUCAGGCAGCGCGGCAAGCGGGAGAACCGAGGCGGGGACCGCGACUCCGAAGCCUCCACUUCGAGCUCGUCGGCCGUCGUCCCUCCCCGGGACGAACAACCAGGCCAGUCCCGGGCCCCGGGAAGGCCCGAGGCGAAGAACCUCGCAGCAGCCUCCGCCUCCGAGGCGGGUCCGGAGCGCGAGCCCGAGACACCCGAGAGCGAAGCGGACCCUGGCGGCGGUGGCGGCGGCGGUGAGGAGCAAACAGAGAAGCCGACGGCGCGCGAGUACUCCCGGCAGGUGCACGAAUGGCUGUGGCAGUCGUACUGCGGCUACCUGACCUGGCAGAGCGGCCUCCUGGCUUUCCCCGCCUACGGCAGCCCCCCGCUGCAGCCGCAGCCGCAGCCACAGCCGCCGCCGCCGCCGCAGCCGCAGCCGCCGCCGCCGUCCUGCGCCCAGGCAAGCGGCAGCCCCGCCAACGGCCCGGCGGCUGGGCCCCCGCUCGCCCCGCUGGGCUACUAUAACCCCUUCUACUGUCUGGCCACCCCUCCCGGGGCCGACCCCGCAGCUGCAGCGGCUGCUGCCGCGACCUCCGCCGCUCCUGCUGCAGCCGCCGCCGCCCCCUCCCCGGCGCCCCGGGCUCCCAACUGGCAGGGGUCGGCUAGAUUAGCUCCGGUGACCAGGGCUGGAGGGGUCACCGCGCCCCGGCAGCAGAACGAGAAUGGGCGUCCUGCAGGUAGAGAAUAUGCUAUUCCAUCCUUGGCACACAGGUUUAUGGCGGAGAUGGUGGAUUUCUUUAUUCUGUUUUUUAUAAAGGCAACCAUGGUCUUAACUAUUAUGCAUGUCAGUGGAAUAAAGGAUAUUUCUAAGUUUGCUAUGCAUUACAUAAUAGAAGAAAUAGAUGAAGACACAUCAAUGGAAGACCUGCAGAAAAUGAUGAUUGUGGCUCUUAUAUACAGGUUAUUAGUUUGUGUCUAUGAGAUAAUUUGCAUAUGGGGAGCAGGUGGAGCCACUCCGGGGAAAUUUUUGCUGGGACUUCGUGUUGUGACAUGUGACACAUCAGUACUCAUUGCACCAAGCCGUGUUUUAGUGAUUCCUUCUUCAAAUGUUAAUAUAACAACGUCCAUUAUUCGAGCCUUGAUCAAGAAUUUUUCUAUUGCUUCUUUUUUUCCUGCUUUCAUCACACUGCUGUUUUUUCAGCAUAAUCGAACAGCAUAUGACAUUGUAGCAGGAACCAUUGUGGUAAAAAGAAAUGGGGUUAGAUGAUGCCAAGAAAAAGCCCUGAAUUCCAUACUUUCUGUAUUAAUUAUAAGACUAAAAUUAUAUUUUGAGGACAUCAGUAUCCUUGGGUUAGAUUAACUGGUGAUUCGGAAAUUAAACAGUCACUCCCAUGUGAUGCAGAUGACUAUCCAGAAAGUAUUGACUUUACUUGAAUGCCAAAGAACUUUACCAGAAAAGAAACAGUACUUAUUCAAUGAAAAAGUGUCAAAUUUUUUGAUUCAAAAGAAGGCAUGUAAUGUCACAAUCAACUAUGGACAUAUACUUUCUUACAUUCUAAGGCAUGUUGAUUUGCUGGGAGUAAUUUCAGCCUUGAGUCUCCAAAUGAAAUUUCUACAGCCUUUUGUGUUCAACACAAAAGGACGGAGAAUGUCCAGUUGUGUUUUGUAAACACCUAUAUAAUCCACCUUCUAGGUAAUACCUCUUAGGAAGAUUGCAACCUUUAUUUUCUCCUAGGGGUUGAAAUAAAUUAUGACCCUAAUACCAUCCUAUUAAUUGGUUACAUGAGAUGUGAAUUGGACAAUGGAGGCUAAGGUUAUCAGUUAUCUCAUACCUAAAGCUUUUUAACAUAUACUGCAUUUUACUUAAAGAAUGGUGCAACUUUACCACUAUUCUAAAUGUUUAAUCCAAAUGUGUAUUUUGUGACAAGUCUUGCAUGAUGAUGAUGAUCACAAGUAUUAAGUCUAUUACUAUAUUAUCAGUGGUUUUUUUAAAGGAAGGUAAAUUAGUGAUUCCUUUAUAUAAAUGAAUCAAAAGUAAAAUUUCCACCGUAAAUUGAACUUUAUAUUGAUGUGCAAAUGCUUCAGUGCUCUAAAGGGAACACUGUGGACUAUAAAUACAGAGAGAAAUAAUCACUUCCUUUUGAUGGUAAAAAUGAUUACUUCCAUCAAGUUGUUGCUUAUAAACAGUAUGGUAUGAAACAAUAUUCUAAUUGUGUUUGCAGCAUGAAGAAAGUAUUAGUGUAUCUCAGUGUUCUGAAGUUGGAUGUAACAUCUUUACAAAUAGGAUUUUCACUCAAUAAUCAGUCCUCACUUUGUAUCAUUUAUAGUUACAUAGUUGUACUGUUGGAGUGAACUGCAUCAAUCUGUUGAAUAAAGAACCUCAGUAUUUCAUGAUAUAUUUAAAUGUCAUUAUACUGUGAAAUGUUUGUGUUUUUCCCAAUAUGAAAUAAUUGUUUGAAAAUAACUUUCGAAGGAAGUGUUGUCUUCAGUUGUUGACAAUUUGAAAGUGUUCUUUAGUUGCACUGGAAUUCCUUAAUCCUAACUAUUUAUUACCAGUGGGCCAAAAAGAAUUCCAUGGUUUCUUUUACUUAGUUUACUUAUUGACUAUGCUGCUGGUUGCAGGAAAUACAGUAUUUAAGGGGCUAAGAAGAAUGGUAAUUCUAUGUGUUGCCAUUUUAUUCAUUCCACUACUUAAAGAAAAAAAAAUCUGUGUUUUUUUUUCUUUUUUGCCCAAGUUAGCACUGUUGAGAUAUUCUGAGCCAAAUAAACAGGGUUUUCUGGUUUUAUUUGAUUUUUUAAACCGUAUUAUAGCCAUCAUCUCCAUUUAUUUGAAAGGAAGGUAGCGUGGUAUAAUGGAAAGAGCACUGGAUUUGGAAUCCAGAGAGAUCUGAAUUCAAAUCCCAGUUAAAAUACUACCCAUGUGAUUGUAGACAAGUCUCUUUACCACUCUGGGCCCCAAUUUCCUCAUCUGUAAAAUUACUUAAGACUUGGUUCAGUGGUUUCAAACUCAAAUAGAAAAGGCUACAUAUUGACUCAGAAAACCACAAAUUAAUGUUAUCUCUAUGUUGUAUUGUAAUUUUGUUUAUUUUGUUAAACAUUUGCCAAUUACAUUUUUAAUCUGGUUCCCCCCAAUUGUGGCAGGUGAAUUUGAACACCUCUGGAUUAAGUGAUCUAAAUUCAUUGCAGGUCUGAAACCUAUGAUGCUAGGAUAUUUUCGUACCUAAAUUUUUGUUAAACAAUACAGAAAUUGUGUAGUGAAACAAAAUAGCCUUUGAUAUUCCUAGCUUUUAAAUAGCAUAUUGCUAUAUGACAAAACAAAAAAAAAGUGGACUCCCCAUUAAUACUGUCAUCCCAAUUUUUAAAAUUAUUUUUCUCGCAAUUUACUAUGGAAAUUAUAUGGAAUAAUGUUUUUACAAUUAGUUUUUACAGAACUUGAACAAUGAGCUCUUUUUUGGUGUAACUUUAUUUUAAAACUUCAUAAGCCACAUUUGUUUUUCAAAACUAUUUGGUGUUAAAUUCAGCUUCACUAAAAACUGUUGGAAGUAGUAUGCUAGAUUUGGUCAUUUUCUAAACUAAUAUGACAUCACAGAAAAAUAAAUGAACCAGUAGUUAAAUUAACUUUUUAAACCUUACAGAAUUAUAUAAAUUUGAAUUACUAUCCUGUGGGAUGGGGUAGGAAAUACUGCAAAAAUACAGCUAAUGUAUAUAAUGCUAAUUACCAGUACUAUUCGUUGUACUAUAUUUCAUCAUUGUCACUUUUGGGUUGUAACUUGGACAUUAUCACUUUUUUAGGCUACUACGGAAGUAAUUUAAAGCACUGGGGAAAAUUGGAUUCUAGUUUUAUAGCAGAUACCUCAAGUGGUACCAUAACAAUAGAAGUAUCUUCUUUUCUCAUCAAUGCUCUACACUCUUCCUUAUUAAUAGGAAUUUGCGUUGUCCUCCUCCCUUUUUUUGGUCAUGAAAAGUAAAGUUCAGGCUUAAGAAAGAAAAAGGUAUUAGAAAAAUUUACUGCCUUCACAUUCAUAUAUUUUAUAGUAUUUGUAUAUUUUAAAUUUAAAAUGUAAUAUGUAAAGAUAUAAGCAAAUCAUAAAAGGAAAUUAAAGGAGGAGAAAUUUAGUUAUGAUAUUAUUUCAGUGAGAGUUCUCUAAGUAUACCCACUGUAUCUGAGAAUGCAGUAUUAACUUUACAUAUUUGUUACUGGAGUUUAGUAUCACACUGUUUUAUAAACUCUACAAAUAUUCACAACUAAAAUUGUAAUGAAUAGCCCCGUGUGCUUCAGAAGAGGAAGCCUGAAAUACAUUGUAAAGUUAAUAAUCAUACAGAUUCUUGCUGCAUUAUUUUGUUAAAUCAAACCUCUUUGAUCACAUUGUUCAGUAAUAAAGUGGAGUUAAAUUACAAUCCGAUAAAUAAUGCUCAAUAUUCUAGCAUCUCAAAGUCUGUUUUAAGCACUUAACCUGCCAGUAUUAUGAAAGGACUUCUAGCAUAAAUUUUCAUGACAGUCUUUCCCAAUUGAAAUUUACCAGUCCAGCAUUUAAGCACCUACAAUAUAUGUAGGUAUCAUGCCUACACAGACACUGGGGAUAAAAGACAAAAUGAAGUGACCUCAAGGGUCUUAAAUUCUAUUGGGGGAGACCAUUUGGAUAUGUCUAGUUGAAUAUUAUUAAACUAAUGUACUCUCUAAGCAUUUAUUUUCUUAGUAUUCUGAUUUCUUCCCAGAAUAUACAUUUAUCUUCUGAACUACAUUACUACAUUUAUAAAUGAGGAAAUUUAUUAUGAAAUGAAUAUACAUCUUUUUUGCUAGGCCAUCUUGUACAUAUAAUACAAAUAAUUGUCCAUUUCCAUGGUUUUGUUAUACCAUGGAUUUCUAAUGACACCAUAGGUAUUUUACUUAUUAACUCAGUACAGCUAUAGGAAACCAUACUGGCAUAUAAUUACUUUUUUCAGGUAAAGUUUUCCUCCUCAUCCUUCAAUUCCUUGCUGAUUUGAGUUAGUUUUCUUUGGGUAGGGAGAGAAAGGAAUUGAAACCUAUUUAUUUGCUACUUGUUAAUUUGUAUAUAAGGAGUUGGCUGAGAAGGAAAUUGAAUCUGUUGGGUAAAAUUAGGUUUGAAGAUUAUCCAAAUUUCUAAAUAAAUCCUUUUCAUUUGUGACAUACCAGACCCUAUUAAAGAUAGUUUAUAUUCGAUUAUUUAUCUUGGGUAAUGUUAGUUUGUUUUCAAACAUAUAAUUCCCAAGUGCUUUUAAUAUAAUAGUAUUCACAAAAUUGAAUCAUUGUAGAGAAAUGUAAAAAGUAUUAUACAAAUUUCCACAUCAAAAAAAUAUAUAGUUCAAGUUCUGUUAUAAAACACGAUCAUUACAAAAAUAUUUUUAACAGAUAUGUUCCCAACUCAGUCAAGGAUAUUCUUCAAGAACUGUUUGCUCAAAUAAGCAUCUAUUACUACAGCAGAAAAAUACAGAAAGGUCAUAGGAGUUCAUUGUCAUAGAAAAUCACCUGCAUCAUUGUUUUGUAACAAAUCAUGGUAUUCAAUUUGUAAGCUGCCAAUUUGUAUAGUAUCCUGUCUUAAUAAAAUCUUUAUUACAGUCUUCA